AUGGCCAGUCCACUGCAGUUCGCUACCCGGACCCUGAAGGACAUCCGUGUCUUCAACGCGGAUCCGGUCUAUGCCGACCUUCCGGGCUUCGAGAAGCCGACGGGCAACUUGCGGUGCUGCGUCUACUCCCCUUGUGGUCGCUACUUUGCUUGGGCCUCUAAUGAAGUCGUCCGCGUGACCGAUUCGAACGACGGUCGCGUCCUCGCCGCCCUUUCGAUCCCCAACGUAUACGAACUUGGAUUCUCCCCUCGCGGCACCUUCUUCAUCACUUGGGAGCGCCCCGGCAAGGAUGAAAACGGCGACGCCACCAAGAACUUGAAGGUCUGGCGCACGGUCGAGGACCUCCCGGAAGGGACUGAGAAGCAGCCGCUCGGUCGGUUUGUGCAAAAGUCACAGAACGGCUGGAACCUGCAGUACACGAAUGACGAGAAGUACUGCGCGCGCAUGGUGACCAACGAGGUUCAGUUUUACGACAGUAACGACCUGGCCACUGUCUGGAACAAGCUGCGCGUCGAAGGAGUUAGUGAUUUUGCGCUGUCGCCUGGAAAGGCACAUGCACUGGCUGUUUUUGUGCCUGAACGCAAGGGUCAACCCGCUGCGGUCAAGGUCUUUAACGUUCCUCAGUUCACGGCACCAGUUUCGCAGAAGACUUUCUUCAAGGGUGAUAAAGUUCAGCUCAAGUGGAACGCUCUGGGAUCUGCCAUUAUUGUUUUGGCCCAGACCGAUGUCGACAAGUCCAACAAGAGCUACUACGGAGAGACCACCCUGUAUUUACUGAGUGUCAACGGAUCUUUUGAUGCUCGCAUCUCUCUGGACAAAGAGGGACCCAUUCACGAUGUCGCGUGGUCGCCGAACUCGAAAGAGUUUGGUGUUAUCUACGGAUUCAUCCCGGCAAAGAUUACAAUCUUCAACCAACGUGCCGUUGCCACCCACAGCUUCCCGAGCGGCCCUCGCAACACUAUCAUUUUUUCGCCGACAGGACGGUUUGUGUUGGUGGCUGGAUUCGGUAAUCUGGCUGGUCAGAUCGAUGUCUACGACCUUGAAAGAGACUACCGCAAGAUCUGCACUAUCGAGAGCGGCAGCCCCAGUGUUUGCCAGUGGAGCCCUGACAGCCGCUACAUCAUGACCGCCACUACGUCCCCGCGUCUACGUGUCGAUAACGGUGUCAAGCUCUGGCACGUGACUGGAACUCUGAUGUACAACGAGGAUAUGGUGGAGUUGUACAAUGUCCUCUGGCGACCAGUGCUGCCAGAGCAUGCUCCCACUGGCGACGCACUGCAGCCGAUGCCCGCUCCCCAUGCGUCGGCAGCCACGUACAUGAGCACCGUGAAAACGCCCUCGAAACCCGCGGGCGCGUACAGACCCCCAGGUGCACGUGGCUCCGUCACCCCUCUCCACUUCAAGCGUGAGGAUGAAGGCGGCGCUGCUCACUCUGUUAGCAACGGUGUCAGCCAACUGAACCUGAAUGGAUUUGGCCGUGCACGGCAUCAGGUGCCUGGCGCCGAUUUUGCUACCGUUCCUGGUGCUGGCGUUCCAGGUGCAGAGCCGGCAGAUGACGAUGGACUGUCCAAGGCUGCGUCCAAGAACAAGAAGAAGCGGGCCAACAAGAAGGCCAAGGACGCUGCCGCGGCGGAGGGCGGCGGUGCCAGCCUCGCGCCCCCGAACAACUACAAUGAUACCAACGGAGGUCGGAGUCCCGAACGUAAUGGGCGCAAUUACCAGCACUCGCAUUCGCGCAGCCAGUCACGUAACAACAUGAACGGCGGCGGCGGCGGCGGUCGCAGCCGCAGCAACACGCACAGACAGACCAUGGGCGAAGGAGGUGGCCGGGCGCGGUCUCGAUCGGCACGCCCGCAGAACCGGCUAGCUAACAUCCAGGUGUCAUCGCUGCAGGGAGCGGCCCAGGCCCCUGUGCACUCGCCCAUCUCGGAGACGGCGCAGAACCCCCAGGCCAAGAAGCAGAGGGGCCUGCAAAAGAAGAUCCGGGCGAUUGAGGACCUCGAGAUGCGUCUUGCUAGCGGCGAGAAGCUCGAAGACACUCAGAUGAAGAAGAUCGGCACCAAGGCUACCGUGCUUAAGGAGCUCGAGAUGCUGGAGAAGGAGAUGAUGCACUGA